UCAUUGUUUGCCAAAACACUUGUCAUCUAUUAGUGACUGAAAUACCAGUUGAGGUGAUAAUCACGGCUACAAUGGCCUCACUAUUGCUGUCACUUCAGCAACAGUUUGCCGACAACACCGCAGACAUCACUCAACGACUGAUCCAAUUGCAAAACAAUGUGAUAAACACCGAUAACAGACAAACACUUUUGCUGGACAUCAAGAGAUUGCUGGACGAGACCAACGAACUCUUGGAACAAAUGGAUUUAGACGUG